AUGUGUACUAGCAACACCACAGAAUGCAUGUCACCACCUUCGUACCAUUUCCUCACCCAAAAAACAAAAUCAAAGCAAGCCAAGUUUCGAAUGAGGAAUCAGGUUCGAAUACAUAGGCUUAACAGGGUUAAUAAGUUUAUUGAAGAAAAGAUCAAACAAGAGAUGGAGUUGAGGAACUUGAAGUUGUACAUGGAGAACAUGAGCAUUUUGGAAGAGAAUGAGAGGCUGAGGAACAAAGCCACCAUACUUCAUCAAGAAAAUCUUGCUUUAUUAUCUCUUUUGGAGAACAAAAGGUUCAACCUUUGA